CUACUCCCCCGCCGGAGAAACUGCUGUCGUUGACUUAACGAAAGAAACUUCACAGUCGCUCGGCAAGUUUGCUUUCGGGAGUAUCGGACAGAACGUUACUCCUGUCUGUGUUAUGUAACGGUCCGCUUUUAUCUGCCGACGUGACCAGGUGAUACAGCUAGUUUGGGCCUGUCCAGUUAACGUUGGGCUAGUUAUCGUUAACGUUACACCAAACCUUGCAAUGCAUAUGCUAGCGUCAAACGGAUCCGUAAUGGACUUGGACUCGGUGUUGGUGAAAAUUAAAGCACAUUACUGCGGGGACAUGUUGAUGGCAGACUUGGCAGCCACGGUAACCUUCGUGGAGUUGCGCGAGGAGGUGAGGACGAUGUGCAGCGUUGCCAAGCAGCAGCCCAUCACACUCAAGUGGAUCGAUGAUGAAGGGGACCCUUGUACCAUCUCGUCUCAGAUGGAGCUGGAGGAGGCAUUUCGUAUUUACAAUCAAACCAAGAGGUCUGGUCUACUGCUGCACGUCUUCCCCAGUAUCCCGGAGCGGCCCGGCAUGCCCUGCCCUGGAGAAGACAGUGAGUAAACCCUCUAUCCGCCUCGGGGACCCCCAAUGGCACUGUUAAACUAGGUCAAGUGCCCCUGUACCUGGCUGUGGUGUAAGUACAAGGUGGAGGCGGGUGAGGGCUCUCUAGAAGACUCAUUUCUCUCAAAUAGCCUGAGUCAGCCAUGAUUCAGAGUGAACAGCGGUCACAGAGUUACAGUUAGAUCAUGCAAUUUUGCAGCCAGAGGUGGAUUCCAGCCAAGAGAAGUCGGUGAAAUUAAGAGUUUGCGAUUUUUGCAGCUGGUGAAACGGAGGGUGAGCACUGCAGAGACACAAUUUCUCUUUUGUGCUUCCGCUUUUUAACCCCCAGGCUAGGGGACUAAGGCGGAAAUACUAAUCUUAACAGAUGCUUUUGUUUGGUAAUCAUCUGGUCCCUCUAGCUUGUACUAUUUGUCCACCCCAGCACACUGGACAAGUCAGCAUGCGGAGCAGGCCACCAGUCCAUCACAGGGCUAAUACAUAUAUAGCUUCUUUCUAAAGAAGCCUAAAGAUUGCUCUUUAACUUUAACAAUGCUGUGUAAAUGUGACACCGUAGCCGCUGCUGCUCUGCGUCUCUUUCAUGUACUCCCUGUCUAUUUGCUGUGACAGCAGGUUUCAGCACCCCGUGAGAGGGCCUGUGUGUGUCUGAUGGGACGGGAGCCCUGUGUGUUUGUGCUGAGGCAGACUCCUGGUUCACUGUGUGAAGAGCAGAGUGUCAUUCUGUAGGUAGGCGAUGAAGGUCUCGCUGUCUCAAACACACACCGAGCUGGUGUCCAUGUGUCGUGGCUGAUGUGUGCUGUACUCUAACAGUAAUAACUGGGGCUUCCUGCUGUGUUUUCUUGUUUGCUUGGUGUUGCUGAACAUGAGGAGGGAAGGAUAGUGCUGUUUUUUUUAGAGAGGAGGAGAGAGGAAGAAAGAAUGAGAUUGAGUGGAGGAGGGAGAGGCACUGUGUCUGUUUUCCAAGGCUGACUGUACUGAUAUCUUCUGAUUAACUAUGCAGUAGAUGGUUUGUCAUUUUUAAAAAGAGGGUCACUAAGAAGAAAAAGACUAUCUACCUAAUUGUCAACAGGCCUUUUCUAUAAAAGAGCAAAUUUGUACCUAACUGAAGAUUCCUGACCAUUUUACUGCCAUUUAUUGCCAUCAAAUUGUGAUCUUGAAUAGGUAAACCAGCUAGAAGACAUAUACAGUAUGUUGAAAACACACAUGUUAAAUACUUUCUAAGUGAUAUCAAAAAAUGCAUUUAAGAGAAGUUAAGAGACUAUCUUAUUCUUUUAAUUUCCUCUCUUUGUAAAACAAACAGAAUGUAAACUAGCCUUUUAUAUUAGAUCAUAGACUGUAUGUAAGAAGUGGGCAUAGUCACCGUGACAUCACACAUUGGUUUGUGGACUGCUUUUUUGAAGCCUUUAGUUCUGGUUGUUGGUCGUCACCAUCUUGUUUUUUUGCACUUAAAAGUGACAUGAAAGGGUGGAGCUUUGUACAAAUGCUGAAUAAGACCAAAAUGUUACAACUAACUUUCAUGAAGUGAAAAAACACUGUGAGAGGGUUGAAGUUCGAAGAUGGAAACACCCACAACGCGGUAGCAACCUGCACAAGGUAGCCCCGCCCUAAAGCAUGCUCUGCUUUAUGGUCUAUUGGACUCAAUGGAUACAUCCACACUGUUUUGAAACGGGCUUUUAAAAUCAAAACAAUCUCUGUCCACACGGCGAUCCAGCACCGUUUUAGAAAUGAUUUCCGUCCAGUUUAACACACCUGAAAACAAAUAUCUCAUGAAUAUUCAUGUACACUGGGCAUGCGGGUGCUGGUGUAAACAGGAAGUAU